UUUACAGAGUACCCAGAAAAUAAAAGUCUUAUUUCAGAAAGUGAAAAUCAGAAGUAGCUGCUGACAUAAAGACAAGUGGACUGAGGAUCAUUUCUUGAGGAAAAUUUUUUAAGAUGUGGUGAAGAGCCUGUACUUCCCCUUGUGUGGUAUAUAGUGCCUUAAAAAAUGGGGUUUGGAAGUGACCUGAAGUAUUCUCAUGAUGCUUUAUUAAAACUGCAAGACUGGGAACUACGACUGCUGGAAACAGUGAAGAAAUUUAUGGUUAUGCGAGUAAAAAGUGAUAAAGAGUAUGCCUCCACUUUACAGAAUCUUUGUAACCAAGUAGAUAAAGAGAGCACUUGUCAAUUGGAUUAUAUCAGCAAUGUGUCCAAGUCUUGGCUACUUGUUGUACAGCAAACAGAACAGCUGAGCAAAAUAAUGAAGACGCAUGCAGAGGAUCUUAAUUCUGGGCCUUUGCAUAGGCUUACAAUGAUGAUCAAAGAUAAGCAGCAAGUUAAGAAGAGUUAUGUAGGUGUUCAUCAACAAAUUGAAGCAGAGAUGUACAAGGUCACAAAGACAGAACUAGAGAAACUAAAAUCUAGCUAUAGACAACUAAUAAAAGAAGUAAAUUCUGCCAAAGAAAAGUAUAAAGAAGCUGUGGCUAAAGGAAAGGAGACUGAGAAAGCCAAAGAUCGGUGUGAUAAAGCCACUAUGAAGCUUCAUGUGUUGCAUAAUCAGUAUGUGUUGGCACUGAAAGGAGCACAGUUACAUCAGCACCAGUAUUAUGAUACUACACUUCCUCUAUUACUUGAUUCACUACAGAAGAUGCAAGAAGAAAUGAUUAAAGCCCUAAAAGGAAUCUUGGAUGAGUAUAGCCAGAUCACCAGUCUUGUAACAGAAGAGAUCGUGAAUGUCCAUAAAGAGAUCCAGACCUCGGUUGAACAGAUAGACCCUAACUCUGAGUAUAAUGACUUCAUAGAUACUCACAGGCCAUCAGAAGUUGUUGAACAAGAAAUAGAGUUUGAUACGUCUUUACUAGAGGAAAAUGAAAACCUUCAAGCUAAUGAGAUCAUGUGGAAUAAUCUAACAGCAGAAAGUUUACAAGUCAC